AUGAUCCAGGCUGGGAAGCAGGUGGUACUGCUCUCCAACACAGCACAGCGCUCCAGUGGUCUCCCCUUCAAACUGGAGCGCAUGGGUUUCUCUACAGACUUCCAAGGCGUCACUGGUGGAGAAGUGUGCCACGACUAUCUGCUCGAGCGUUGCGACACACAUACGUGCUGCUCACUCAUGACUUCUGACCUGGACGGCAGGGUUGCCAAGCGUGCCUCGAAUCCUGAAUCCAUUUUCCACGGUCUGGAUGUGGAGAUAGUGCCGCUGGACAAGGCUCACUUCCUCAUGGUGGAAGGCACGCAACAGGUCUGUUACAGCGACCAAGUGGCCGAAGUUUUGCCCACCGACUACCGCCACACGGGCGAAGUCAACGAUGCCAUUAAGGAGUUUUUGCGCGGCGGUCUAGAGCGCAAGCUCCCGCUGCUGUGUCCGAACCCGGACGUGCUGGCUGUUGUUGCCAACGAUCGUUUCGUGCACAUGGGAGGCGGUAUUGCCAAGCUGUAUGAGGAAAUGGGUGGCGAGGUCGUUUACUUCGGAAAGCCAAUGAAGGAGCACUUUGAAGUAUGUUUGCGCCUGGCGAAUGUGACGGAUAAGUCGAAAGUCGUACAUAUUGGAGACUCCCUCCACCACGACAUCCAGGGUGCAAAGAACACUGGUGUGGAUAGCAUCUUCAUUGCUGGCGGUGUUCAUGCCAAGGAACUGAGUGUAAACUCUUGGAGCGACGGUGAAGACGAGCUCAGAGUGAAACCAGAUCUGCUGGCUAAACUGCUGGAGAAUACCCAACUAGACCCGACGUACACCAUGUCGCGCUACACCUGGUAA